GUAGUAGACAUCCUUUUUUAAACACUGUUAGUAAAUAUUAUUUCAAAUCAGAAGGAAAGCGUAUAAGGCCUUUGCUUGUACUUUUGAUGUCACAAGCGACAAGUAUUGCAGCAAAACAAUAUAACACAAGUACAGCCGAUUUUUAUCAAAUAGUAGAUAAACCCUUAACGACACAUAAUGAUAUAUUAUCAUGUCAUCAUAAGGACAAUAUUUAUUAUCCAUCAUUUUCAUCGUCGGGGACAAUUAUCCUUCCCACACAACGGCGUUUAGCAGAAAUUAUAGAAAUGAUACAUACAGCGUCUUUACUUCAUGAUGAUGUUAUUGAUAAUUCACAAAUGCGCCGUAACGAAAUUUCAGCAAAUUCAAAUUUUGGGAACAAAAUGGCAAUUCUUGCGGGAGAUUUUUUACUUGCACGGGCAUCUAUUGCUUUAGCACGUUUAAGAAAUCCAGAGGUAAUCGAGUUGAUAGCCACAAUUAUUGCUAACCUUGUUGAAGGCGAAUUUAUGCAGCUUAAAAAUGUUCAAGACG